UCAAGUGAGCUGCUAGUGAAAACAUUACGGCAGCCGGAGCGCAUUGACGGCGCUGACGUCAAAGAAAUUGCUCAUCAGAAACUUGGCUGUAGCCUAGCAGCCCAUGAUUAAGACGAGAACACGAACUGAGUUUUCUUCCCUGAUGUGUUUUGUCAGAUGGACAACAGCAGAACACAUCAUGAAAGACAUUGACACGAGAGGGAGUGACAAAGAUGAUACCUGGUGUGAUGGGACAGAGAACGAGGAAGAGGAGGUUCCUAUAAGAAGAAGUUUCUCUGUGGAGGAUCUUCUGGAUGAGGUGGAGAAAAUCAGCAAUGUUGCCUCUGGAGGCUCAAAGGUGAAGGUGGUGGUGAGACUGUGGAAGGAUGGCUUCACCCUGAAUGACGAGGAGUUCAGGAGCUACUCUGUACAGGAGAACCAGGAUUUCCUGGAAGCCAUCAAACGAGGUGAGCUGCCUGUGGAGUUGGAGAGCAGGGCAGAGGAGGAGGAACUGGAGGUGAAUGUAGAGGAUCUAACAGAGGAGGCGUAUGUUCCCAGGAAGAAGACCUUUCACCCCUUCAGUGGGCCAGGGUACAGGCUGGGCAGUGUUGCUCCCAGAGUAGUGGUCCGGUCUCCAUCGGUGCACGAGGAGGGGGAGUUCCUCCCGAUCCCCAUGAUAACACUGGACCACGGCCUCCCUGUCACCUCUCUGCAAAUCUGGUUGGCUGACGGCAGGAGGCUGGUGCAGAGGUUCAACUUAUCACACAGGAUUAGUGACGUUCACGACUAUGUCCAGCGCUGUCAGAGGAACGGCUCACCUUUCAUCUUGACCACCUCACUUCCUUUCCGCGAGCUCCGGGAGGAGGAGCUAAGUCUGGAGCAGGCGGACCUAGCUAAUGCUGUUAUCGUCCAGAGGCCCCUCAACACAGAGGCCCCCUUCGGACACUCCUGAGUCCUGACCAAUCAGAACAUUCACAGAGACCCUGAAAUCCCACCCACUGGUCACACACCCUUUUCCCAACAGAAACAUCCCUCUUAGUUCACUCCUGAAGUGAAGGCAAUACUCAUAUACAGUAGUCCCUCUGGUCUGUCCAGGGUGGAGAUGUUGCUCCCAGUCCCCAGUCACAGCCCCCUUACAUUCAUCCAAGCCUCCUCUACUCCCCUCUUCCCUCUGUAACUGCUGACAUCUCACAUCACUCCUUGAGCAUCAACAGGGCUCCAACUGCCUCCACUACCGCUCUAGCAAUGUGAUGAAAACCCAACACAGCCAAUUCAGACGUAUCUUCCUAUGUGUCUGUCAAUCAGUCCUGUAAAAUGUUCCCCAAGCUCAACACGUCUUCCUAUUCUGUAACUAUUACCAAGGAUAUGGAAUACACUGUGAAUGUUGCGCACUAUUUUAAAGUGCAUUAAUGUUAAUGUGGAGUGUGUGAUUGGUGGUUAUUAAGCGGCUGAUAGUCUAGCGUGCGUCAAAACAUUCUGCAUCAUUCUGUUUUUAUGGAAAAGGUGCAAUCACAUUUAACAUUUGACUGCAGUGGGCUAAAUCAGGGUCACACAGUGUGUUUCUUGGUAGUCUUAAACAAAUCUACUUUGAAACAAAAGUAUACACCUCACACAUGGAAACUGAUUCCAUGUCUUUAAAUGUACAGUACACUAUGCACCACACCUGCUUACUUCCUGAUCAAUAAUAAACUACUUCAACUAUCCAAUCA